AUGAACCAAACAUCGAAUGCUUUAUCAAAUGUUCGUGGGAUUAACAUUAGUUUGAAUUGUACUUAUGUUUCAGCUUAUAAUAUUACUGUUAAUGGUACGUUAAAUUGUGUUAAUCAAUCGCUUCAUUUUCCAACGGCACUUGUAUCAUAUAUAGUACAAAAUCAAAGUUUAGUGAAUUCCUCUGCUAUAACACAUACUAUCAUAUCGCCACAGGUUACAAAAUUUAUACUAAUACUUUUAGUUUCAUUCAUGACGUUUGUGACUGUAUCAGGCAAUCUAUUGGUUAUUAUCGCAUUUUUACGUGAGCCAACAAUACGAACUUAUUCAAAUUACUUUAUUCUUAAUCUAUCGAUUGCUGAUUUAUUAAUUGGUCUAAUAUGUAUUCCACUUUAUUCUCAUAAAGUUAUAUUUGGUAAAUGGUAUCUUGGUUAUCAUAUAUGUAAAUUAUGGCUUGUAUUUGAUUAUGUUGUUGGCUCAGCAUCAACAUUAUGUAUUGUUGUUAUCUCUUAUGAUCGCUAUCUAAUGGUGUCAAAAGGAUUAAAUUACUUAUCAGAUAGGUCUAUAAGACGAGCACUAAAAUUUGUUUUUAGUACAUGGAUUAUCGCAAUACUUAACUACGGUCCAGCAAUUAUAAUAUGGGAUUUAUUACCCGGUAGUGAACAAUAUCAGGAUCAUAUAUGUGAACCACCGUUUGCAACAAAUUUUCCAUAUCUAGUAACAACAGCAUUCGUGGAAUUUUUUGGACCGUUUUUUACUUUAAUGUCACUUAAUCUUCUGGUCUAUUUAAAUAUACGACAGCGUUCGCGUGGAAUAAUGCGUACUAAUCGAAUUAGAUUAAAACAUAAUGGGCAUCACACAAAUCUGACCGGUAAAACUACAGAAAAAGCACAAAAAUUUACUUCUCAAAUAAUUUUUACUAAAUCAACAUCAUUAACACGCGAUCGUAAAGCAGCGAAGAGUUUAUUUAUACUCGUUUUUGCUUUUGUUAUAUGCUGGUGUCCAUAUACAUUAUUAACACUAAUACGUGCUGUAUGUACAUAUGAAACUACAGAUGUAUCAUCAUUUAUCUAUGAAAUGACAUUUUGGUUAUUAUGGUUAAAUUCAACGAUCAAUCCAUUACUUUAUUCUUUUCUUCAUGUUAAAUUUCGUGAAGCUUUCUAUCGAAUAUUAUGCUCGUAUAAACAUCAAAAUCGUCAUCAAUUAAGAUCCGAUCAAGUAUAA